AUGGUCUACCCCAGCACGCUCCUCUCGCUCCUGGCGCUGUCCUCCAGCGCCAUCGCCGACUAUGGCGGCAACCUGAACUACCGUAGCCCUUCUUUAAACCAAGAACACACAAACAUGGGAAUCAACGUGAACGCCAUCCAGCGCCGCAGUCUAUCAAAGCGCGCUGAAGUCCCCUACGAACCCUCCCAGCUGAAUUUCACCCACAGCGUCGCCUCAGGCGACCCCUACGCCGACAGCGUCAUCCUCUGGACCCGUAUCGCCCCGUCCAUGGAAGCCUCAGACAGCAACACCACUGUCUCGGGAGAUGUGCCUCUCUACGACCACGAGAAUGAGCGCUACGCCAAGGCAUCGGCGCACCCAAUCUGCGUUCAGUACCGCGUGUUCUCGGACAAGAGCGCCCGUGAUGUUGUCGACCAGGGCCGCGCCUUGACUAGCAGUGAUAUCGAUUACACUGUAAAGGUCGAGGCUACGGGUCUCAAGCCGUUCACGACUUACUGGUACCGCUUUAAUGUGUGUAACUCGGAUAAUGUCUCUCCUCUUGGACGGACAAAGACUGCUCCCAGCGCGAAGGACGAGGCUGAGGAGGUGAAACUUGCGGUUCACUCGUGCAGUAACUACCCCAACGGUUACUUCAAUGCGUACGGCAACGUCGCCCGCAAGGACAAUGUUGACUACGUCGUCCACCUGGGCGACUACAUCUACGAGUACGAAAGCGGCGUCCCGGGCGUCGACGAGCGUGCUGUCGUUCCCCAGAGGGAGAUCUUCUCCUUGUACGAUUACAGGACUCGCCUUGGGCAAUAUCGGACAGAUGCCGAUCUUGUUGCGUCGCAUCAGAAGUUUCCCUGGAUUACCGUGUGGGAUGACCAUGAAAUUGCAAACAACGGCUAUCGCGAUGGCUUCAGCGGCCUGCGCAAUACUGAGGAUUCUUUCCUCAACUAUGGGCCUCAGAUUAGUGUUGACCAGCGCAAGCUGAACGCCGUCCGUGCUUAUUUCGAGUGGAUGCCUAUCCGGCAAGUCGACAUGGACGACGGCCUGCGCAUCUGGCGAAACUUCCAGAUGGGCAACCUCUUCGACCUGAUCAUGAUUGACACUCGGAACUAUGAUCGCUCGAUCACGGAUAUCAGUGACAACGCUGACUACAUUGAGCGUAUCCACGACGACGCCGGCCGCAGUAUCAUGGGUCCACGCCAGGAGAACUGGUUCUACCGCCAGCUCUCCGAGAGUAAAGACCGGGGCGCGAAAUGGCGCGUUAUCGGAAACCAGCUGGUCUUUGCGCACAUCGAGCAGCAAGAUGAGGACGGGUCAAUCACGUUCAGCACCGAUGCCUGGACGGCGUACCGGGCCAACCAGAACAGAACGUUGAAGCAUAUGUACGAGAAUGAAAUUACGAAUAAUAUCAACAUUGCAGGAGACACACACGUUAACUGGGUAUCCGACAUGAUCUGGGAGGGCACAAAGCCCUACAACAACAUCACCGGCGAGGGGGCAGUUGGCGUUGAGUUCGCCGGCACUGCCGUCUCAAGCACCGGCCUGAGCACCGUCUCCCGCGAGCACGGUGAACAAAAGGCCAACUCGUACAACAUCAAUCCCGAACUCAAGUGGGUGGAGGGUUACUACCGCGGGUACUUUGAGCUGCACUUGCGUCAGGAACAGGCUGAAGCUCGCUACUUCGGUUGUCCCACCGUCGCGACAAGGAAUAGCUGGGAGUUACCACUGGCGAACUGGACGGUCAAGCACAGUGAGAGCCAUCUGCAGCGGCCGUUGGCUGGGGGUGUUGUAGAGGCCGGAUUUGUCCAGGAGGGGAAGUUGAAGCACAGUGAUGUGUCUCUUAAUACAGAGACUGGUGAAUGGAAGGCAGUCAGGUUUGAUCAGAUGUUUCUCAAGACCUAG